UAGGCCACUCCCAAAUGAGAAAUGUCCGUGUCGGCUACCGUAGCUCAGUGACAACACAGCAGAGUACUUUGAUCGGAAUCUACCUGCAGCUAAGCUAAGCUGCUAGCUUGGCUGAUAAGUAGCUAGUUCUCCUGUUUGUUGUGAAUGCGGACAGUCAGGCUGUGAUUAAGACAGUUGACGACUUGAAAAUUGUAAAGGAAUAUGAGACUGAAGGAGAUCCAGAGGACUGCCCACCAGGCGUGGAGUCCUGCCGAACACCAUCCUAUCCACCUGGCCUUAGGAACAUCAGCACAACAGCUUGAUGCCUCUUUCAACACCACAGCUGCCCUAGAGAUAUUUGAGGUGGAUUUCUCUGACCCAUCUCUGGAGAUGCAGCUCAAAGGGUCGUUACCCACCUCAAACAGGUUGCACAGUAUUGUAUGGGUGAAUUUCGGAAUGGGAGCAGAUGGUACUGGAGGGAGACUGGUUGGUGGCAGUGAAAAUGGCACAUUAACUGUAUACAACCCAGAGGUCAUAAUGAGCUCCGGUGCAGACGCAGUAGUGGGACAGUCUGACAAACACACAGGACCCAUCCGAGCACUCGAUUUCAACCCUUUUCAGAGUAAUCUCCUCGCUUCAGGAGCAAAUGACUCAGAGAUAUAUAUCUGGGAUCUGAACAACUUUAGCAGUCCAAUGACACCAGGAGCAAAGUCACAGCCUGCUGAAGAUGUCAGUGUUGUGUCCUGGAACAGGCAGGUUCAGCAUAUCCUGGCCUCUGCUAACCCCAGUGGGAAAGCAGUCGUGUGGGAUCUGAGAAAGAACGAGCCCAUCAUCAAGAUCAGUGACCACAGCAACAGGAUGCACUGUUCAGGAAUGCUCUGGCACCCUGAUGUGGCCACUCAGUUGGUGUUGGCCUCUGAAGAUGACCGACUGCCAGUCAUCCAGAUGUGGGACCUCCGUUUUGCCACAUCACCCCUUAAAGUCUUUGAGAACCAUACAAGGGGGAUUCUGUCCAUAUCCUGGAGCCAGGCUGACUCUGAGCUCCUUCUGAGUAGUGCUAAAGACAACAGGAUCCUCUGCUGGAAUCCAAACACUGGAGAGGUGAUUUACGAGCUUCCGACAACAAACCAGUGGUGUUUCGAUGUCCAGUGGUGCCCCAGGAAUCCAGCCCUGCUGUCAGCUGCCUCAUUUGAUGGGAGAAUCACUGUCUACUCUGUUAUGGGAGGCAGCUUGAAGGCUCAGCAGCAAAGCACAGCCAAUAAGAUAUCUUCCUCAUUUGAUUCAAUGGAUCCCUUUGGUACAGGGCAGGUGCUGCCUCCCCUCCAAGUUCCUCAGCCUACAGUCCAGGACACCAUAGUUCCCCCCCUGAAGAAGCCACCUAAGUGGGUGCGCAGGCCAGUGGGGGCUUCCUUUGCUUUCGGUGGAAAGCUGAUAACCUUUGAGAAUCCCCAGCUGCUUCCGGUGCAGAGCCCCCAGCCUGUCCCCAGACAAGUGUUUGUGAGCCAGGUUACCACGGAGACAGAGUUCCUCCAGCGCUCCAGGGAGCUGCAGGCAGCGCUGCAGUCAGGCUCCUUCAACAACUACUGCCAGGCCAAAAUUCAUAACGCAAAGUCCGACGCUGAGAAGGACAUAUGGAAGUUCCUCCUGGUAAACUUUGAGGAUGAAGCCCGCGUUAAAUUCCUCCGACUUUUGGGUUUCAGUAAAGAUGAAUUGGAGAUAAAGAUUUCAAAAUGCCUGGGGAAGAGUCUUCAGCACAAUGGACACGGAGUCGAUGCCAAAGAUCUGGCAGAAAAGAUGCAGCGGCUCUCCACCGAGAGGUCUGAUGUAGCAACUGCGGUAUGUGAUGCUAGAACUUCUGGUUCUGUUUCACCGGCAGACUUCUUUAGUCAGACCCCAAAGGAGAACGCCAACUUCCAGAUCCCUGUAUCAUGUGAUACGAAUGGUUUAAUAAGCCAGGCGCUGCUGGUUGGUAACUUUGAGGGAGCUGUGGAUCUGUGUCUGAAUGAUGGUCGUUACGCUGAAGCCAUCCUGUUGUCUAUCAGCGGAGGAGAGGAGCUGCUCAAGAAAACUCAGCAAAAAUACCUAAGCAAUCAAAAGAACAGCAUUUCAAUGCUGAUAUCAUCAGUGGUGACCCAGAACUGGAGAGACAUAGUGCAAAGCUGUGAGUUGGACAAUUGGAAGGAGGCUCUCGCUGCUCUGCUGACUUACGCUCACCCUGAAGAUUUUGCCCGCCUGUGCGAUACCCUGGGAGGCCGGUUGGAACAUGAGAGGACAGAGAAGCGCUGCCUGCAGGCCUGUCUGUGUUACAUCUGCUCUGGGAACAUUGAGAAGCUAGUGGAGUGCUGGGCCUUGCAUAGAGACUGCUCCUCCCCUCUUGGUCUAGAGGAUCUAGUUGAAAAAGUAAUGAUGCUGCGUAAGUCAAUCGAACGCCUCCGCAACAGCGAGGUGGCUGUCCAGAGCCCCAUCCUGGCCGAGAAGCUAACCUGCUACGCUGGCAUACUGGCUGCUGAGGGCAGUCUGGCCACUGCCAUGGCCUACCUGCCUGAGAACUCAGAGCAAGCUGGGAUCACAAUGCUGAGAGACAGGCUGUUCCACGCUCAGGAAGAGGCUGCCGUUGGACAGCAGCCUUCAAACUCCUUUAACAGAGUGAAUGCGUCCACAGCUAAGCCCACUCCUGCUGCUCAAGCUCCUGCAACAAAAGCACAAAUUGUGAGUCAGUACCAGCCAUCUGCUCCUUACCAGGCUGCCCAACAGCAGCCUCCUAUGCCGUCGUUUUUUACCCCACAAACUCCAACCAACACCGGGCCUGGUCUGCCGCCGCCUUCUCAUGUACUGCCGCCCAGCGCGACUAGCCCUGCCUUGAGGCCUGCCUACCCCCAACAUAAUGCUCCGGCUCAAGGUUUCCUUCCUCAUCAGCCAUUCCAGCCUCAGCCUAUGCCCAUUGGUGGACGCUCAGGCUUCCCUCCUCCAGGUCCUUCUAUGCCAGCUGCUAACUUAUCAGGACCCCCACUACCGCCUCCGUCAUCGACCUCCAAGGGCCUGCCCCCCAUGCCCAGCCCCGGGGUGCCACCGACACGCUUCAUGUCGUCUACCUCUUUUCCUUCAGGCCCCAUGCCACCCAGCUCCCAGCCCGGAGCCCCAGUUCCCAUGUACCCAGGUGGCCUGCACAACCAGGGGCCUGCAACCCCCAUGGCAUCUGGUCCCUAUGUCCCUCUUGGAUCAGGUUACCCACAGGGAGGCCCCGGGGCUCCUGCAGUAAAGCCCUUCUCGGCCCCAGCUGUGGCCCCACCUCCUACAGGAUUCUUUCCCUGGCUGAAUUCCCAGUCUGACAUUCGAGGACCCCAUGAAGGCUGGAAUGACCCACCAGCAGUACGAGGUGGACCCAGGAAGAAGAAGGUCCCUGAUAACUACACUCCACCAGCCCCCAUCACUGCCCCUGUGAUGGGAUUCCCUGUGGAGGCCCCUCAGCCCCACAACCACGCCCAGGUCCCACCUGGAGCCCCACAGGAGCCCAGCGUGCAGCUCCUCCAGCAGCUGCCAGCAGAGAGGGUGGAGCAGAAAGAAAUCCCCGCUGAACACAUGGUUCUCAAAUCCACCUUUGACAGCCUGGUGCAGCGCUGCCAGCUCGCAGCCGGAGACCCACAAACCAAAAGGAAACUUGAUGAUGCAGUCAAACGUUUGGCAUACCUGUACGACAAGCUGAGAGAGCAGUCGAUAUUAUUUAGAGCAGCAUGUUGCAAUGUCAGGGGAAAAGGAAAACGUACAAAACGACAAGUUGGGAAGAGUAAAGACAAACAGCCCAGGGAGUCAAGAAAAAUAACUCCCCAAGCUGAACUCUCUCACAACAUCCUGAACGGGCUCCACGAGAUCAGCCGCUGUGUGGCGAGCCAGAACUACCAGCGGGGUCUGGAGGUCCACACCCAGGUGGUCAGCAGCAGCAACUUCAGCGAGAUUUCCGCCUUUAUGCCCAUCCUCAAAGUGCUCAUGACCAUCGCCAACAAGCUGGGCGUCUAACAACACCAACAACCACACUUCAGUGUUAUCAUUUUUGUUAUAUAUGUAUUUAUUUCUUUUUGACCUGAUGGCGUGCUUUGAUAAUGAGAAUAUUUACUGAUGAUAUUGCAGAUUGUGGUCUUCAUCACUUACAUACAUGUUCCUUCCUGGAGGCUGGUUUGGGCAGCGAGGUGGAUUUUUGUAGAGAUUCGUCGAUGUUGCUGUGGUUAUUGUACGAUAAAAAUGAAUGUAAUUCUGAAAGUUGUGAUUCUGUGUAAAAUGUUGAUGAAAUAUAAUAAGUUUGAAUUAAGGCGGUGUUUGUACAAGUAGUUGCAUUUUCAUAGUCCACAUUACACUCUACACCCGUGCAUAUUUUUUGGGGAUUGAAGACAUACAGUGCUCCAACUGCAGAAAACAAAUCUAGCAGCUUUUACAUCCAAGGUAGGGGUGGAAAUGCUAAGAAUAAAAUUUGGGUUGCACUUACUAUAUAUCCUGUCGGUGUAGUUUGUACCAGGGAGAAACCAGGCCGACACUCAUUUUCUGUUUACUAAAUAAUUUCACAACAAGCAUCAAGGAAACUAUGUAACAUAAAUACUGAUUGUUCUCUUCACCCGAUGUAACUGAUAGUGUCCAGUUGAUUGUGCCAUGAGGGGCUUUUGGGCUGAAGCACUGCAGAAGAAUGCCAAACAGUGAUGGUCCAGUUGCUGUUUUAUUUUCUUCUCCAUUUUGUGUUAACGGAGCCCUAUUAGCACGGCUAAUUUCCUGAUAGCCUGUGUGAGUGACUGAAUCUUUUUUUUUUCUUUUUACCCCCUGACUUGCUUCAGUGUGCUGAGUUCACAUGGCAGCUCAUAAACAAAAAUUACAUUAAUUUAUGUUGAACUGCGAAUGAAAUGACAUCUGUGCUUUUAUUCAUCUUUCUACUUCAAGUCUUAUCCUUUUGUGACACGGAAUUAGUUUAGUUUUUUGUUUUAGAUUAGAUCAUAUGAUGAUACCAACUUAAAUGAACUGACAAAUGAAAACAGGAUAUUCUGAGGUUUGUAGCUGGACAUGAAGCUGGAUAGUUUGGUGUAUCAUGGCAGCAGAAGGCAGUAAAGUGCCUCAGUGCCCAUUUUGGUUGCACAGAUAUUUAUACAAUCCAUGUUGCUUACUUUACUCAUGUCAGUAUCUUUUUCAAAUAAAACUUCACUUCAUAGA